UACAGGUGGAAACAACGUAGUUUGACAAAACAGCAGCUUAAUACGCCGCCCAGUCUUCAACGGUAGCUGCUCUCUCUCUCUCUCUCUCUCUCUCUCUCCAAUCUGCUAAGACACACAAACCCUUUCUUAAUUCUCCAUUCAAAUCAAAUCAUGAUCUUCAGAUAGCAUCACCUCAUCAUACACAGCUUCCAAAACCAAAAGUCUCUCAUUAGCAGUGAUUUUAAGAAGGGUUAUCAUCACAGAUGGAUAGUAGCAGUGGAAUUGAGAGCAAUGGGCGUGUGCCACUUUCAGGGGUUGUUGCAGAUUGUGUGAAACGGUGGUUCAGAGACACUCUGAAAGAAGCUAAAGCUGGGGACAUAAACAUGCAGGUCUUGGUAGGUCAGAUGUAUUACAGUGGUUAUGGUGUUCCCAGAGAUGACCAAAAGGGUAAAAUUUGGUUGACUAGAGCAUCGAGGGUUAGAUCUUCAGUUUGGAAAGUUGGUGAUAAGCAUCCAGGUUAUAAUGCAAGUGAUUCUGAUUCUGAUGAAUUGAAGGAAGACUCUUAAACACACUAAAUGCCUAACAUUUGAAUGGAAUAAAUAUUUGAUUAUGUGAGCCUUUCUAUCCAAGAGUAAUGAUCUGCAAUGGGUAUCUAUUUGUUGUUGAGUUCUUAGACGUCAUCUGCUCCAUAUGUCACAGGCAGGAUCCACCCAUAUUUAUUUUAUUUUUUUUUGUUUGUUAAAAAUAUGUAAUUAUUCAUUUUAGACAUUGUAAAUUUAUUUAAAAUAUUUGUAAUUUUCUUAUUCAACUUAUAUUUGAGUCGGUUAGGCUUGCUUGGGGAUUAUUUUUCUUAGCGCCGAUCAUGGCUCAUUUUGGGCCGUGACAAAGUGGUAUCAGAGCCAGGUUUAAUCUGUGUAAUAUGGAGCAAGUGUCCUAUGGUAGGUUCACAAUUGUAUAAAUAGAAGCGCGCCUAUUUGUACAAAUUGUGACACUAUCAGAGGCCUAUAGGAAUGUCAUCCUUGUCUUUUUGUCAUCCUUGUCUUCUGGUUCUUGUCAUCACGAGUCAUCUGUCGAUUCUUGACACCUCUUUCCUCUUCUUUGUACCCAACCUUGAGUUAUUAUUUGGUAGCUUUUCUUGAACUUGCUUUUGCAAUGACUUUAGUUUCGGUUUUGGUUCAUGAUUCCUGCCUUGUAGCUAAUUCUAAUCUUCCUCGUUUUUGUGAAUAUUUGCUUUAAUCUUCUUCAUAUUCAUGUUGUUUUCUAUGGUUUCUGAUUUCAAGAUUUCAUCCAUUAUCUAGAAGAUUCGAUAUGUUUUUGCUGUGAAUUAUUAUCUUAUUCCUGUUAUAGAAUUGUAUUUAGAUUUGUGGAUUAUGGAUUUACUUAGCUACUGAUUGAGACGCUUUGUUCUGGAUUUUGAUAAAACAAGUUUGUUCUUCUUAUGUUGAUGAUCUUUGAAGUUAACAUAAUUUUGAAUCACUCGUGAUUUUUUCUUUCGAAUCAAUAAAUU